AUGCUAUCUAGAAAUCGUCUCACAGGACCUUUACCAUCACAAGUUGGUAACUUGAAAAAUCUUGUUUCUUUUGGAGUUUCUUAUAAUCAGUUGACAGGUGAUAUUCCUAGUAGCCUUGGCGAAUGUUCAGGCUUAAGGUGGCUUUUUAUGGAUCAUAAUAUGUUUGAUGGAACCAUUGAAUCUUUACAUUCCUUGAAAGCUAUUGAACAAAUGGAUCUUUCACACAACAACUUUUCUGGACACAUCCCAAAAGACUUUGGCAAGUUUCUCUUUCUGUCAGAGUUAAAUCUUUCUUUUAAUCAUCUUGAGGGUGAAGUACCAGUUUUCAGUAAUGCCAGUGCACAAAUUUCUCUUGCUGGUAAUGAUAAGCUUUGUGGGGGCAUGGCGAAGUUGCACUUAGCACCGUGCUCUAAGAAACCUCCAAGGAAGCAAAACUUUUCCUUCACCAGAAAGUUGAUAAUCUCCAUCAUUUGUGGCCUUCUUGGACUAUUUUUGGUGUCUUUUCUUCUGAUCAUUUGUUGCUUUCGUAAGAAUACAAAGCAACAAACUUCAGAAUCUUCGUGGAAGGAUAUUCCAUUUUUGAAUGUCUCUUACGGGGAGCUAUUGAAAGCCACUAAUGGGUUUUGUCAAGAAAACUUGAUUGGUGUCGGUGGCUUUGGCUCGGUAUAUAAAGGGAUUCUUGAACUGCAUCAACUGUCCAUAGCAGUGAAGGUCUUCAACCUUGAAAGGAGAGGAGCUUCCAAGAGUUUCAUGGCUGAAUGUGAAGCUCUAAGGAAUAUUAGACAUCGAAAUCUAGUGAAAAUCAUUACUUCUUGCUCAAGUGUUGACUUCCAAGGUAAUGAUUUCAAAGCCCUCAUCUAUGAGUUCAUUGCAAAUGGAAGUUUGGAAGAUUGGUUGCAUCCACGUCCACAAACUGGGGAAAACCAAAGGAAAAGUUUAACUCUAGCUCUACGGCUGAAUAUAGUUAUUGACGUGGCAUCGGCAUUGGAUUAUCUUCAUAACCACAAUGAACAUCCAAUUAUACAUUGCGACUUAAAGCCAAGCAACAUUCUUCUUGAUCAAGACAUGACUUCCCACGUGGGCGAUUUUGGUUUGUCAAGGAUUAUUGCAGAAGAAGAUGUUGAGACAUCUCAGGAUAACACGAGCUCUCUUGGAAUAAGAGGAACAAUUGGAUAUGCAGCUCCAGAAUAUGGCAUGGGAAGCAAGGUGUCAACCCAAGGAGAUGUCUAUAGCUUUGGAAUCCUUAUGUUGGAAAUCUUCACUGGGAAAAAGCCCACAGAUGAAAAUCUUGAAGGACUUAGCCUUCAUCAAUAUGUCAAAAUGGCUUUGCCAAUAAGAGUGAUGGAGAUAGUUGAUCAGAGUCUCCAAGAGGAAGCCUCUCGUGGCAACAGAGUACAUGAGUGCUUAAUUUCCAUAUUCAUGAUCGGUCUCAAGUGUUCAGAGGAAUUACCAAGCCAAAGGAUGAAGAUUAAUGAUGCCCUCAAGGACUUGCACAAAAUUAAAAACAUGCUUUUUAACGGUGUGAGGAGCAACAAUAGAGCUUGA